GCGGGGGGAGCCGCGGUGGUGUGCCCGGCGCUGCGUGCCCUGGGCAUGGUGAGCAAGGGGCCGUUGCUGCGCCUGCUGACCGCCAUCAACCGCAGGAGGAUGAAGCUGCUCGUGGGGCUCGCCUGCAUCGCCUAUGUCGCCUGCUUGUGUGGAUUUGUGUGGCCUGCACGUCGCGAGGCAGGAUGGUGGAAGCGCUGUCAGCAUCGCUAGGUGCUCUCGAUGCUGCAGAGCGCGUGGAGCUGUAUGGGGAAACUUUGUCAAUAUGAGGUCUCUUCAAGAAAAUGGGGAUCAGAAGGUAGAAAGUAAAAUAGAGGAGGCUGUUGCACCUCUAAGGGAGAAAAUCAAAGAUCUAGAAAAAAGUUUUACCCAGAAAUACCCACCGGUGAAAUUUUUAUCAGAAAAGGACCGUAAAAGAAUCCUGAUAACUGGAGGAGCAGGGUUUGUGGGUUCUCAUCUUACUGACAAACUAAUGAUGGAUGGCCAUGAGGUUACAGUUGUGGACAACUUCUUUACGGGCAGGAAAAGAAAUGUGGAGCACUGGAUUGGUCAUGAGAACUUCGAACUGAUAAAUCACGAUGUCGUUGAGCCCCUGUACAUUGAAGUGGACCAGAUUUAUCAUCUGGCAUCUCCUGCUUCGCCUCCAAAUUACAUGUAUAAUCCUAUAAAAACAUUAAAGACCAACACUAUUGGGACAUUAAACAUGCUGGGGUUAGCCAAACGUGUUGGAGCACGACUGUUGCUGGCCUCUACGUCAGAGGUGUAUGGAGAUCCUGAAGUUCACCCUCAAAAUGAGGAUUACUGGGGCCACGUGAAUCCAAUUGGUCCAAGAGCCUGCUAUGAUGAAGGAAAGCGAGUUGCAGAGACCAUGUGCUAUGCCUACAUGAAACAGGAAGGAGUUGAAGUGAGGGUUGCCAGAAUAUUCAAUACCUUUGGUCCUCGAAUGCAUAUGAAUGACGGUAGAGUUGUCAGUAAUUUUAUCCUACAAGCUCUCCAGGGAGAACCACUGACAGUCUAUGGACCUGGAACUCAGACAAGAGCUUUCCAGUAUGUCAGUGAUCUUGUGAAUGGAUUGGUGGCCUUGAUGAACAGCAAUGUCAGCAGUCCUGUCAACUUGGGAAACCCAGAAGAGCACACAAUCCUAGAGUUUGCCCAGUUAAUCAAAAAACUCGUUGGCAGCGGGAGUGAAAUCCAGUUUCUCUCAGAAGCACAGGAUGACCCUCAGAAACGAAAACCUGACAUCAGAAAAGCCAAGCUGUUACUUGGAUGGGAACCUGUGGUCCCGCUGGAAGAAGGUCUGAAUAAAGCAAUUCAUUAUUUCCGUAAGGAACUUGAAUAUCAAGCAAACAAUCAGUAUAUUCCCAAACCGAAACCUGCGAGGAUGAAAAAAGGAAGAACAAGGCAUAACUGAAGACUGUUGGUUGGACAGGAAAUGCCCUGCUUGACAUUUGACGGAUGUAAUUUUUUUCUUUUUUUUUAUUUGAAAGAGACUUUGAAACAGGUAUCAUGAAGAAAAAAAACUGGAAUUUCAUUCUGAAGCUUGCUUUAAAGAAGUGGACGUGCCUAAAAAUAACAAAUAUUCCCCUUCCCCUGCAAAUCUUGCCUUGCACUUUUUAAAUCUGUCUUUUUAUGUAAAAAUAGAGUAGAAGCAUCUUUUAGUAUCUUCAAGUUUUAUAUCUUGCUGUGAGAUCAUUUUGUUGUGACUGUCCUUGACAGUUUUAUUUACUGGUUUCUUUGUGAAGCUGAAGAUAAACACAAACGGGAUGGAAAAUGCCAAUUUAUUUAUAAAAAUGGAUACUAUAAAAUAUGAGAAGUUCUACUAUGCAUAAGAAAAAAAUUAGUGGUAUUGUCAGAUGGGAGACACUGACAUCGAAUAUAGAGGAGUUUAAAAGAAUUCUGUAUGAGAGCUUUAUGUAUUCUUUAAACGAGAGAUUUUUUCAAAGGUUUAGUUUUAGUUGUACACUUGAAUUUGAGAUAUUUUCAUUGAUUACCAUGGAUAAGGAUAUUUUGAAUCACUACUGUGUUGUGCGUACUCUGGGAAUAAAGUUAAUGUAUUAUUGGUUACAGUGGUUGAAUAUACUAUUUUAUUAAAUAUUGAAACUUC